AUGACGUCUUGGUCGGGUCCUCUGCUUUUCUCUCUCCUGUUUGGCUUUGGUGAGCUGAUUUCAGCUCAAAUAAAAUACUCUGACUCCGAGGAAGUUAAACUGGGAGCAGUUAUUGGAAAUGUUGCCAAGGAUUUGGGCCUUGAUGUCAGUACUUUGACAAACAGUUUUCGUAUUGUGUCUGGACCUCAGGACGCGCUAUUCGAGGUAAACCAAAACAAUGGCGCUUUGUAUGUCCACAAGAAUCUCGAGGAAAAGCUCUGCGAUGGAAAUGAUGAUUGUUUAAUAGAUCUGAAAAUCGUUGUUGAAAAUCCACUUGAGAUUCAUUAUGUCACAGUGGAAAUAACGGAUGUAAAUGAUCAUGCACCGACGUUUGUCGAGAAAGAAAAGGUUCUAGAAAUAACAGAGACCACUUUGCCAGGAGCACGAUUUCAGUUACCAGGCGCACGCGACCCAGAUGUUGGAAUAAAUUCAGUCCAGCGCUAUAAACUAAGUCAAAACGAUAAUUUUAAUCUUGAAAUUCGAGAAAGGGGAGAAGAUAAAAUCCCCUUCUUAGUGUUGCAGCGGCCCUUGGACAGAGAGCAAACGAACCAUUGCUUGAUUUUAACCGCAAUGGAUGGAGGCACACCACUAAAAUCUGCUAAUCUUAAUCUUACCGUAAAGGUUCUCGAUAUCAAUGAUAACAGACCUACUUUCUCCAAGGAGGUUUAUUCUGUGAUAUUACAAGAAAAUGUUGCUUUAGAAACGAUUGUAAUAAAAGUCCAAGCAACUGAUCUCGACGAGGGAGCUAAUGGGGAUGUCGAGUACGCCUUUGGAAAAACAAUUAAUUCCAAGGUGUUGGAGUUAUUUACUCUAGACAGACAUACAGGCGAGAUUCGAGUUAAAGGACAAAUUGACUAUGAGACAGCUGAUGUUUUCAAGUUAGACGUCCAAGCCUAUGACAGAGGUCAGCCCCCGACAACAACGGACUGCAGAGUUAUAAUAAAGAUCCAAGAUGUCAAUGACAAUAAACCAGAAAUAGAGGUGACAUCAAUAUCUAGCAUGGUUCCAGAGGAUUCAAAACAUGGGACAGUGAUCUCUUUAAUUAGUGUUACAGACCUUGAUUCGGGUCUGAAUGGCAAAGUCAUGUGCAGUCUGACAGGGAAUGUACCAUUUGAAUUAAAACCGUCGUUUAAAGAAAACAUGUACUCUUUAGUGACAAAAGAAACGUUGGACAGAGAAACAGUUUCACACUAUGACAUUUCAAUAACCGCUAUAGAUUAUGGUGAGCCUCCACUUUCUACAUUCAAAACUUUGACUAUUCAGGUUUCAGAUGUGAAUGACAACACCCCAGAGUUCCCACACAGUCCCUUGGAAUUAUACUUGACGGAAAACAAUGCUCCUGGCGCAUCAAUAUUUUCUGUGAGUGCAAUUGAUAAAGACUUAAAUGACAAUGCAGCAGUGUCCUAUUCUAUAAUUAGAGGGAAAGGCGGUCAUAAUGAUAUGGCAUCUUUUCUCAAUAUUCAUUCUGAAAAUGGAAAGAUUUCCGCUCUAAAAAGUUUUGACUUUGAAACUCUGAAAACGUUCCAGUUCCAAGUUGUUGCCUCAGAUUCUGGAACUCCGUCACUGAGCAGCAACGUCACAGUGAACGUGUUCAUUCUGGAUCAGAACGACAACGCUCCAGUCAUCCUGUAUCCAGUCAGCUCUAACGGUUCUGCUGAAGGUGUGGAGGAGAUUCCCCGCAAUGUGAACGCAGGACACCUGGUGACUAAAGUCAGAGCCUAUGACGCUGAUAUAGGAUAUAACGGCUGGUUACUGUUUUCACUGCAGGAAGUUACUGACCACAGUCUCUUUGGUUUGGACCGCUAUACAGGACGGAUCAGAACACUUCGCUCAUUCACAGAGACAGACGAGGCUGAGCAUAAACUGGUCAUACUGGUGAAAGACAAUGGGAACGUCUCACUCUCAGCAACAGCUACUGUGAUGGUCAAAGUUGUGGAGCCCAAAGAGGCUUUUGCUGCUUCUGAUGUUAAAAGUGCAACAAAGGAUGAUGAGGACAGUAAUGUGACUUUUUACCUGAUGAUAACUUUGGGCUCAGUCUCAACACUUUUUCUCAUCAGUAUCAUCGUGCUGAUUGCAAUGCAGUGCUCUAAAUCCACAGAGUAUACUUCUAAAUACCUACAAGAGACUAAUUAUGACGGGACACUGUGUCACAGCAUCCAGUACAGAUCUGGAGAAAAACGCUACAUGUUAGUGGGACCCAGAAUGAGUGUAGGAUCUACUAUAGUCCCGGGCAGCCAUGCGAACACUCUCAUGCUCCCUGACAGGAGGACACCUGGAGAGUGCAAAGAAGUAACAACCUCCUGUGCGUGUAUGUGCUGUUGGAUAACGAUGGGGAUCGAUACAAGAUCUCGGACAAAGGACUGCUCCUGGUUUGCUUUUUAUUUGGCUCUACUCCUUUUCGGAAAAACGGCUUUGGCUCAGAUAAGGUACUCUAUUCCUGAGGAGGUACAAGAGGGGACUGUUGUUGGAAAUGUUGCGAAGGAUCUUGGCCUUGACAUCAACUCUUUGCUUGCUCGACGGUUCCGUGUUGUAUCUGGAAGUAAGGACGCUAUUUUUGAGGUAAACCAGAAUAACGGGGCAUUGUACGUCGACAAACACAUCGACAGAGAGGAGCUCUGUCAGGGCAGCGGCGCUUGCCUGAUGGAGCUAAAAAUCCUCGUUGAAAAUCCUCUGGAAAUACACUAUGUAAUUGUAGAAAUUACUGAUGUAAAUGAUCACUCUCCUAUUUUCCCUGAAAAGGAACAGAUAUUUGAGAUAGCUGAGCAUACAUUGCCAGGACGGCGAUUUCAACUGCACACUGCUCGUGAUCCCGACGCUGGCAUUAACUCUAUUCGCACAUACACUUUGACGUUAAAUGAACAUUUUGAAGUAAAUAUUCGUCAAAGCGAUGUGGAUAAGAUUCCAUUUUUAGUGCUGAAGAAACCUUUAGACAGAGAACAGAAGAACAAACACACGCUUCUUGUUACAGCAGUUGAUGGAGGUAAACCUCCAAAAACAGGGACACUAAAUAUUUCUAUUAUUGUUCUUGACAGUAAUGAUAAUCGUCCGAUGUUUAGUCAGGAAAUUUACCAAAUUGUAAUUAAUGAAAAUGUUGCUGUCGGUACUUCAGUAUUUAGAAUGAAUGCAACAGAUCUUGAUGAAGGUACUAACGGGGAAAUUGAGUACAGCCUUGGAAAAACCUUGAGGCGGAAAGUUUAUGAAAUGUUUGAAUUGGACAAAUUAACUGGAGAGAUUAGAGUUAAAGGGGUGGUGGACUAUGAGGAAAACGACGCAUAUGAACUGGAUGUUGAGGCAUCAGAUAAGGGAACACCUCCACUAGCAGGUGAGUGUAGAGUCAUUAUAAAGAUAAAAGACGUUAACGACAAUCCACCGGAAAUAGAUGUGACAUCACUGUCAAAUACUGUAUCCGAAGACUCAAAGCCUGGCACCGUUAUUUCUCUUAUUAGUGUCACCGAUAAAGACUCGGGUGUCAAUGGAAAAAUUAUUUCGCACAUAUCGAAUGACACACCUUUUGAAUUAAAGCCCUCCUAUAAGGAGAAUACGUACUCUAUUGUCACAAAGGGAGUUUUGGAUCGAGAGAAAGUGUCACAUUAUGAAAUAACAAUAAAAGCCACCGACUGUGGUGAACCUCCCUUAUCUACUGUUAAAACUCUGAGUAUUCAGAUAUCAGAUGUAAAUGACAACAGUCCACAUUUCCAACAUGUCCCUUAUGAGUUUUAUCUCGCAGAAAACAAUGUUCCAGGAAGAUCAAUUUUCUCUGUAAGCGCAAAGGACGAUGAUUUGAGUGAAAAUGCAGCUAUUUCAUAUCAUAUUGUCAGAGAAGGAAUUCAAAAUGACGUAACGUCAUUCCUAAAUAUAAACUCUGAUAAUGGACACAUCACAGCUAAAAGUUUUGACUUUGAAACUCUGAAAACGUUCCAGUUCCAAGUUGUUGCCUCAGAUUCUGGAACUCCGUCACUGAGCAGCAACGUCACAGUGAACGUGUUCAUUCUGGAUCAGAACGACAACGCUCCAGUCAUCCUGUAUCCAGUCAGCUCUAACGGUUCUGCUGAAGGUGUGGAGGAGAUUCCCCGCAAUGUGAACGCAGGACACCUGGUGACUAAAGUCAGAGCCUAUGACGCUGAUAUAGGAUAUAACGGCUGGUUACUGUUUUCACUGCAGGAAGUUACUGACCACAGUCUCUUUGGUUUGGACCGCUAUACAGGACGGAUCAGAACACUUCGCUCAUUCACAGAGACAGACGAGGCUGAGCAUAAACUGGUCAUACUGGUGAAAGACAAUGGGAACGUCUCACUCUCAGCAACAGCUACUGUGAUGGUCAAAGUUGUGGAGCCCAAAGAGGCUUUUGCUGCUUCUGAUGUUAAAAGUGCCACAAAGGAUGAUGAGGACAGUAAUGUGACUUUUUACCUGAUGAUAACUUUGGGCUCAGUCUCAACACUUUUUCUCAUCAGUAUCAUCGUGCUGAUUGCAAUGCAGUGCUCUAAAUCCACAGAGUAUACUUCUAAAUACCUACAAGAGACUAAUUAUGACGGGACACUGUGUCACAGCAUCCAGUACAGAUCUGGAGAAAAACGCUACAUGUUAGUGGGACCCAGAAUGAGUGUAGGAUCUACUAUAGUCCCGGGCAGCCAUGCGAACACUCUAAUGCUCCCCGACAGGAGGUCUGCGACUGCAGAGAAAUACGCAUCACAGCACUUCCCCGUCGGUCCGUGA